CGGUCGGAGCUAAGUUCUGCAAGGCCCGCCGCAGAAGAACACAAAAACUCUCCGAUCACACUCUCAAUCUCAUGGCUGUUAGACGGGAAAUGAAACUGCAGUCUUCAACAGAUUUGACAGCAUACAGGCAACUGAAUAAACAGAUCUCCAAAUGCAUGAUGCGGCAGGAUUUACGCAACUGUAAUACAGCUUGUAUUGAAGAAGCGAUCGAGCGGAAUCAAGGCUCCAAAUGUCUGUCAGAAAGAGCCAACUGUCAAAGCUGAAGACCGAGUGUUGCAGCAUCGUUUCCGGGACAUCUGAGAUUUUGAGUGAGAUUGAGAGGUUCUAUGGGUUCUACGAUCCGAGAUCGAGUCUUAUCCGACUCUAUUCCGAAGAUAUUCCGGACGUCAGUCUAAGCGAGAUUAGAAUGGCUCUCCAGCAUCUUAAAAACGGCAAGGCCCCAGAUGAGGAUGGAAUUACAACGGAUCUUCUGAAAGCGGGUGGAAAACCGGUACUUGAAGUCCUUCUGAGGCUCUUUAAUCCCGUCCUCCAUGGUGGCACUUCUCCGGAGGCGUGGAGCAGAAGUGCGGUAGUCUUGUUCAAGAAAGGCGAUAACGCCCUCUUGAAAAACUACAGACCGAUUUCCCUUCUGAGCCGCGUCUACGUGCUGUUUUCGAGAAUCAUUACGAAUCGUCUCGCAUGCAGACUCGAUGACUUCCAAUCUCCCGAACAAGCCGGUUUCCAAAAAGGUUUUAGUACCAUAGAUCACAUACACACCCUUCGACAAAUUGUACAGAAGACCAAAGAGUACAGUUUGUCACUUUGCCUAGCGUAGGUGGACUAUGAGAAAGCCUUUGAUUCCGUUGUAAUUUGGGCGGUGCUACAGUCCCUUCAGCGGUGUCAAGUUGACUGUUGGUAUAUUGAAGUGCUGAAGUGUUUGUACAGUAAGGCUACGAUGGCUAUCCGAGUACAGAAUCAGACUACGAAACCUAUCCAACUGCAGUAAGGCAGGGUGACGUUAUAUCCCCGAAACUCUUCACUACUGCAUUGGAAGACGUUUUCAAGCUACUGGACUGGAAAUGAUACAGUAUUAACAUCAAUGGCGAGUACAUCACUCAUCUUCCAUUUGCCGACGAUAUAGUUCUUAUGGCAGAAUCGCUGGAGGACCUAAGCAUUAUGCUCAAUGACUUCAAAAGUGUCUCCCAACGGAUAGGUCUUAAGAUGAACAUGGACAAAACAAAGAUCAUGUUUAAUAUCCAUGUCACACCUAUGCCGGUAGUUGUUGGGAGCACUAAUUUCGAAGUUGUUGACGAGUAUGUUUACCUGGGACAACUAGUACUACUAGGUAAGUCUAACUUCGACCGAGAGGUCAAUCGACGGAUUCAACUCGGUUGGGUAGCGUUCGGAAAUUACGGCACAUCUUCUCGUCAGGUAUCCUUCAAAACUUGAAAACAAGACUGUACAACCAAUGCGUGUUGCGUAAAAUGACCUAUGGAACUGAGACGUGGUCCUUCACUGCUGGCCGGAGGAGGAAGCUCAAAGUUGCUCAAUGAGCUAUGGAGAGGGCUAUGCUCGGAGGUUCUCUGCGUGAUAAACUUAGAAAUGAGGAUAUCCGCAGUAGAACCAGAGUGACCGACAUAGCCCAACGGAUUAGUAAGCUGAAGUGGCAAUGGGCUGGCCAUAUAGCGCGAAGAACCGUCAACCGUUGUGGAAAAAAGUUCUCGAGUGGCGGCCUCGUACCGGCGGACGAAGUAUAGGGCGUCCCCCCACUAGAUGGAGUGACGACCUGGUAAGACAUGCAGGAAGUCGAUGGAUGCAGGUGGCUCAGUACCAUGAUUUAUGGCAUUCCUUGGGGGAGGCCUAUGUUCAGCAGUGGACUUGUGAAGGUCUGUAAUGAUUAUGUAUGACUAUCUGCGUAACAAAUAAGUUCACCUUAGUCUGUACUACCAAAAUCUGGUGAGCGUAAGAAUAUUAUCCCUCAUUAAUGUAAUGAGUUCUUCUAACACGUAAAUUUGUCGCUAUGAGCAGCUGCAGCGUCUGAUCAGCGGCGAUAACGUGCCGCUGGACCUGCGCGACCUGCGGCGCCACACACAGUACUACGGUGGCUUCCACGACUCGCACCGCGUCGUGUGCUGGCUGUGGGACGUGCUGCAGCGCGACUUCACCGAGCACGAGCGCGCCAUGUUCCUCAAGUUCGUAACGUCAUGCUCCAAACCUCCCGUACUUGGAUUUGCACAUUUAAAGCCACCUUUCUCCAUACGUUGUGUUGAAGUGGGUGACGACGAGGAUACAGGCGACACGAUUGGUAGCGUCAUUAGAGGAUUCUUCACGAUUAGAAAGAAGGACCCGCUGAACCGUCUCCCCACCUCAUCGACCUGCUUUAAUCUGCUAAAGCUGCCCAACUAUCAAAAGCGGAGCACGCUUCGCGAUAAACUACGCUACGCAGUCAACAGCAAUACAGGCUUUGAACUCUCUUAGAUCAUCUUGUAUCUCCUGAUGUUUGAAUUUCAAUGCAAGUUUAUGAACGAGUAUUUUUAUGCUCAAAAGUUUUCACCAGUUUCAAGCCAAUGAUUGUAGUUUUGUUAAUUUUUGUAUAUUUAUUUAUUUCCAUUCCUAUAUUUCAGAUAAAAGAGCGUUACUAUUUACUAAUCUUAUUUAUUAUAAUUUCCUGGAAAUAUUAGGAUAAGAAUAGUGGUUAUUUAAAAAAAAUUGAAUAUUUUCUUGCCUGUGUCAAAUGCUAAGAGAGGCUGACAUAAUAUAUCCGAAUUAAAAAACAAAACCGGGGUAAAAAAAUGCAAAAUGUAAGAUGCAUUAAAACUAAAAACAUAAAAUGGAGGUGUAGGACUUUAAAUUACCUAAUAAUUGUGUGUUUAU